AUGUCGGGGGACAGCAGUAAACUGGGCUUCCGGGACAGGAUCCGGAUGAACAACUCCCGCUCGGCGCAGGUGAUCCGGAACAAGGCAUCGCCCCAGGCGCCCGGCCUGGCCGUGAGGCACUCGCCCAACCAGGAGAACGUCCCUGAGGCGGCCAGCCCCGGGAAGGUGCAGAAGAGCUGGAGCUUCAAUGACCGCACUCGCGUUCGGACCUCGCUGCGGCUCAAAGCCAGGCCUCCCGUUGACGUGGAGGGUCUGGGAGAGGACAGCGUGGACGACAGAGGCUACUGCAACAUUGCCAUGGACGAGGUCAUUCCCGCCGUCAAGACGCUCAUACGAGCCGUCAGGAUUUUGAAGUUCCUGGUAGCCAAGAGGAAGUUCAAGGAGACGCUGCGUCCGUACGACGUGAAGGACGUCAUCGAGCAGUACUCGGCGGGACACCUGGACAUGCUGGGCCGUAUCAAGAGCCUGCAGAUGCGGGUGGACCAGAUCAUCGGGCGAGGCGCCGUCCAGGCCGAUAAGAAGGCACGACCAGAAAAGGGCGAGAAGACGCCGCCGGAACUGGAGUCUCUGGAUGAGCUGAGCAUGAUGGGACGGUGGGGACGACAAGUUUACUACUGGGACAAGAACACCAUCAAGUCAUCACAGCCUCCCAAGGAGUGA